AUGAACACUUGUCUUAAGUUAUUUUCUCCAAACCCUUCCAUCAAGACUAAUCAACUUUUCCUCCACUCAUCCAUACCUUCAAUUUUCCCUCUCUUCAAAAGCAAUAUUCCAUCUUCAAGAAAACACCAAGCCAGGAGCCACAACACCAGAAUGUUUGAAACUUUCCUUGACUUAAAACCCGAGUAUCAACCCGAAGCCUUAGGUUUUGACAUUCCAUGGCACAGCCGUUCAGAUCAUUCUCAAUUCGACGUGAUUGUUAUUGGCGCUGGCCCUGCAGGUAUUCGCCUUGCAGAACAAGUUUCUCUUUAUGGAAUGAAGGUUUGCUGUGUUGAUCCUGACCCUCUAUCUGUUUGGCCUAAUAACUAUGGUGUGUGGUUGGAUGAGUUUGAGGGUGUGGGACUAGAAGACUGUUUGGAUAAAAUAUGGCCUAUGGCUUCUGUUUAUAUUGAUGAUAACAACACCAAAUAUUUGGAUCGUUGCUAUGGAAGGGCUAGUAGGAGGAAACUUAAGGAAAAAUUGGUUAAAGGUUGUGUUUUUAAUGGGGUUAGAUUUUAUAAGUCAAAGGUAUGGGAGAUUAAGCAUCAUGAGAUUGAGUCUAUUGUUGUUUGUGAUGAUGGGGUAGAGCUGAAAGGAAGUUUAGUUAUUGAUGCUAGUGGUUUUGGCAAUAAUUUUAUAGAAUAUGAUGAUAACAAGGUGAGAAACUACGGUUUUCAAAGUGGUUUCGGAAUUUUGGCUGAAGUUGAUGCUCAUCCUUUUGAUUUGGACAAGGUGGUCUUGAUGGAUUGGAGAGAUUCCCAUUUGAGAGAUGGUAAUUCAAUUUCAACUUUUAUGCAUGCUAUGCCAUUUAGUUCAAAUUUGAUUUUUCUCGAAGAAACAUCACUUGUUAGUCGUCCAGCCAUGUCUCACAUGGAAGUGAAAAGGCGAAUGGUUGCAAGGUUAAGGCAUUUGGGAAUUAAUGUGAAGAGAGUAUUGGAAGAUGAGAAAGCAUUGAUUCCAAUGGGAGGACCUCUACCAAGAAUACCUCAAAAUGUGAUUGCAUUUGGUGGAAAUUCGGGUGUAGUUCAUCCUUCCACCGGAUACAUGUUGGCUAGAACAAUGGCUCUAGCGCCUAUGGUAGCUGCUUCUAUUAAUGAGUGUCUUGGCUCCAAUAGAAUGAUAAGAGGGAAAGAUCUUUAUGCUAAUGUUUGGAAUAGCAUGUGGCCUAUUGAGAGCAGAGUUGCUAGAGAAUUUUACACUUUUGGAAUGGAGACUCUCUUGAAGCUUGACUUGAAUGAAACUAGGGAUUUUUUUGAUGCAUUCUUUGAGCUAAAACCUUAUUACUUGAAAGGGUACCUCUCUUCAAGUUUGAGUUUAAAUGAUAUUGUUUGGUUCAGCAUGUCACUCUUUGCAAAUGCCUCUAAUCCAUCAAGGUUGGCUGUUGUCAAAAAGUGUCCUCUUCCAUUGGCUAAAAUGAUGAGCAACAUUUGUUUAGACUUCAUAAGAUGA